GUCUCGUUCAUAUUGCAUGGCACCCCUCAACCUCCAAGCCGACCAAGCAGCCCUCCUCAAAGCCUACCGAAUCCACACCCUCGAGCCCCAAGCAUGGGAAGAUAUAGAACAUGAUCUGGACGAGAACGGGAUCGUAGCUGGUGUUGCGAACCCUAUAGCUAGGGAGGCGGAGGAGGACGCUUUGGGCAUAGGGAGAGGGAGGGGAGUCGAUCUCGGCAAGCUGGACUUGGAGACCCGCGCCUCCAUCCUCCUUACCUCCAAGUCCUUCGACCCUAAAUCCUAUCUCAUGCACGUCUACCCUUCAGCAUCUUACUCCGACCUCGCAUCCGCCAUACCCCGUCUUCAAGCCUCCAUCGAUAGUCGGAGCGAGGCCAUCCGCAUCCUAGUAGAAGAGAACUUUGACCGCUUUGUUGCUGUUAAGAGCAGUACGAGCUCUAUUGGGGAGAGCAUUACGAGCUCUUUCUCGCAGGAGACAGACUAUAAGACCAAGGACCUUACUGCUGCGCUGAAACAGGCAUCAUCCAAGGCUAACCAGGUGUUCAUCCCCAUAUUAGAGGCAUCAUCAAGUGCCACAAAGUUACGCUCCACUCUGGCAGUCUUCUCACGUUCCAAGUACCUGUUCAACCUACCAAGCGUGCUGAAUGAAGCGAUAGACGCGGGGAAAUACGACCUCGCGAUCCGCUCUUAUAAAAAAGGGCGGGCGGUCCGCGAGCGGCCACCACCAAACAUAGGCAUCACCGAAUCACGCAUCCUUGACAAAGUAUGGACUUCCGUAGAGCGGAUCAUCGCCGACCUGCGUGACAACCUUCUUUCGCGCCUGCGAGAGCCCGGAGUCCCCGUAGACGAAGUAGAGAAGACGAUCGAGAUGCUCCUGGAACUCGACGGGCCUGAAGACCCUGUGUGGACGUACUUUGACGCGCAGCAUCAGAGGAUGGCAGAUAGGCUUAGGGCGGUGUAUGAACGCAUGGCGGAGAGGGUGAAAUUAGCACGGGAGAGGGCGGCGUCUGAGGUCAUGGGAGAAGAGGAGAGGGCGCAGGUACUCAAGGCUUGUGUAUUAGCAUUGGAUGAGAGAAAUGGGGAAGCUGUUAUUGCGAAAGGCACCGGCUGGGAAGUCUGGGAAUCCAAUCUCAGCCUUGUCAAGCAGCUCUCAGAAGUCCUCGUCUCCUCCCUCCCCGCAUUCUGGAAGAUCGCCAGAGGCUGGACCGAAGGCCGAUUCAAGCGCACCUCUCCCACCGCCUCGGGCACGCGUCGUGCCCCAGCCCAGAUACGCACUAUGUCCCUUGAGCUGACAAGGUUGUACGUCUCCCUCGUUUCGCAGCAUUUCUCCCUCUCGGACCCGAAUUCUUCUCCUCUCGCCAGCAGCACGUUCCAUUUCCUCCCUCCAGCGACGAACUCCCUCACCAGCGCACAGUACCUAGAGAAGCUACUGGGAGAACUGAAUGAUUGUGUGGGUGAUGUGGUGGGGCUAGAGAUGGGAGGAGGUGGAGAGGCUGGAGAGGGGUUAAAGGGACUUGUGGAAACCGCCAGAUGGAGAUAUGUUGACGUUCUGUGCGAUGCGUGGCAUAAUGACUCGAAGCUCUUCCAUCACCUAGAGUCGUUCACCUUCGUCCCACCCACGUCUGGUCCAACUUCCAUAACCGCCUCCCCAGCAUACCUCGACCGCGUCCGCCAGUUCCAGCAACACAACGCCUCCCUGUGCUUCAAGCUCGCUUCCCCCUCUCUCGGCGAGAAGAACAAGCUCCCGCCCGCACCGUACGUUAAUAGGAUCAAGACUGCUUUCUUGGAUAGUUUGUAUAGUAUUUUGGAUGGGCUCGUGAGGUUCGCCAGUGAGGAUGGAGAACCAGUUGGAUCCGCGAAUGACACGGAAUCGGACGUAGACAACCGUAUCCUGGUUACUGUUUCGAACCUCUACCACCUCGACAAAGAGCUAAUCCCGCGAAUGAUGUCCGAUCUCGAAAAGGCGUCCCAUUCCAAGCUUUCCGAGGAUCGUGGUACUCUUUCCGAUGUCGUGCAAGAACUGGACAAGACGCUAUUUGACGACUUUGCAAAGAGCAAGGCUGCGGUCCUUACAGGUAUCAUCAGGCGUGGAGUGUUGGGGAGCGGGAUGGACUGGGCAACAAUUGGACGGCCUCAAGAGGUCCGAUCAUACAUGUAUGAUGCCCUUAUUUACCUCGUUCAAAUCCAUUCGCAGGUGUCGUUGAUGGCUCGGCCGCUGCUGGAGCGCACGCUUAGUUCUCUGGUCAUGUCUAUCGCUGUCGAAGCCCUGGCAUGUUUCAAGCAAGUCACGCGAUUCGGCAUGGGCGGCAUGUUAGCUGCUACCUUGGAGAUCGAGUUCUUCCAUCAAACUAUGCUACAGUACGUUUCGCCCGAAGCGGCUGCUACGUUGGGUGAGAUCUACACCACCAUCUCCCAAGUGUACCAGAAGGCGCCUCCGGCUGGUGGAGUGGGCGCGGCAAACUUGCAGACUGAGCUUGACGCUGUUAAGAAGACCCUGCAUGACGGGAGGAAAGGGACGAGCGUGGAGUUUUUGUGCUUCAAGCAGAAGAAGGAGAAGGAGAAAGAGAAAGAGAGAUGGAAGGAAAAAGAUAAGGAGCGCCCGGAUAAGGGUAAGGAGGGAGACCGAGCAACACCAACCAAGAGACGGGAAGCUUAAGGUAUGGACUAAUCGGUUGGCAUGUGGUAUGUAGGAUUACGAGGUGGACGAUCUAAGGUCUCUGCAUCUCCGCGUUUACCCCCCCCUCUCUCUCAUGAACGUUAAGAUGGUUGUACGAUAGGUAGACUGUGGAGAACGCAGAACGAAUCGAGCAGAUGA